GGGGGGCUAGCUCCUUUGAUCAGCCCAUCGGUGCUUGGGAGACAGGAAAAGUCCGGAACAUGGAAUCCAUGUUCUGCAAUGCUGCGAAGUUCAACCAACCCAUCGGGUCAUGGAACAUGUCUGCAGUCGGGGACAUGUCCCUUAUGUUUUUCGGAGCCAGCUCGUUUGACCAACCCAUCGGUGCUUGGGACACAAGCAGUGUCCGAAACAUAAAGGCCAUGUUCUACAAUGCUGCGAAGUUCAACCAACCCAUCGGGUCGUGGAACAUCUUUGCAGUCCUGGACAUGUCCUAUAUGUUUUACGGAGCCAGCUCCUUUGAUCAGGCCAUCGGCGCUUGGGACACAAGCAAUGUGGAAAACAUGAGGAAUAUGUUUUCGGAUGCGGUGACCUUCAAUCAGUCCAUCGGGUCCUGGAAGACAUCGGCAGUGGAGAACAUGCAACAGAUGUUUUGGGGGGCCAGCUCCUUUGAUCAGCCGAUCGGUGCUUGGGACACGGCCAAUGUCGGAGAUAUGAGGUCCAUGUUCUACAAUGCUGCCAAGUUCAACCAACCCAUCGGUUCAUGGAACACUGGCAAAGUCCGAGACAUGAACACCAUGUUCUAUGGAGCCACCUCCUUUGAUCAGCCCAUCGGUGCUUGGGAGACGGGACAAGUCCGAGACAUGAAGGGCAUCUUCUACAAUGCUGCGAAGUUCAACCAACCAAUUGGGUCAUGGAACACCUCUGCUGUCACUGACAUGUCCUUCCUGUUUUACGGAGCCACAUCCUUUGACCGACCCAUCGGUGCUUGGGACACGGGCAAAGUCCGAGACAUGAACACCAUGUUCUGCAAUGCGGCGAAGUUCAACCAACCCAUCGGGUCAUGGAACACCUCAGAAGUUAUGGACAUGUCCUUCAUGUUUCAAAGAGCCACCUCCUUUGACCAUCCCAUCGGUGCUUGGGACACUGGCAAUGUGAAAAACAUGGGACAUAUGUUCGUGCGUGCAGUGGUCUUCAACCAACCCAUCGGGUCUUGGAACACUGGCAAAGUCCGAGAUAUGAAGCAAAUGUUCUAUGAUGCUGCGAAGUUCAACCAACCCAUCGGGUCAUGGAAUACGUCCGCUGUGAUGGACAUGUCCUCGAUGUUCACAGCAGCGGUCUCUUUCAACCAGCCCAUUGGUGAAUGGGACACUUCGCGGGUACAUGACAUGAAAGGCAUGUUCGAAAAAGCACUCACCUUCGACCAGCCGCUGAAUCAUUGGGACACCAAGGCUGUGACUGACUUCUCUUUGAUGUUUUUCCGUGCCAGCUCCUUCAACCAGCCAGUUGGAUUGUGGGACACAUCGGCAGCGACGGAUAUGAGAGAGGUGUUUGCAGGGGCCCAUGAUUUCGAUCAGUCUGUCUCGACAUGGAACCUGACAUCAAUCCCUGACGCCCAAGCUAUGGCCCGAGCUUUCACGGGUUCAGGCAUGUCAACUUGCGUGUUGCGUUUCAGUUCCGAAGCUUCGGGUUUGCCUCCCAGCAUUCGACAGACUUGGUCAUACCAACUCUGUCCGAGCUGCCCUUGUCAAAAAACCAACUUGGCAUGUGUGGAUGAAGCCUGUCAACCAGUGAACUCCGGCUUCGUCGAGCUUGGGAGAGGUGCUUGGGAUGAUCGAAAUGCAAGUCUGACAACUGCUGUGGGCUUUCGAGCAUGUGUCGAACGAUGCGAAGACUCGGAGUGCCAUGCCGUUCUUCUCGAAGACUCUGGGCGCUGCUGGCUGAUGAACGACAUGAACGACCAGAGUGAGCUCAGCUUGAUAGGACAUGGAUCGGGUCAGAGCUACUUGGCAUUUCGCAGGGCCUCGUGCCGCACCUUCUCGUGCCCGGAGGGAACGACGCGGGCGACGACGAGUCGCAACGCUUCAGCCGCGACGGCGGCGGUGACGGCGGCCUCCUGUUGCAGGUGCGCUGCUCCCAAUGAGGUUCCCAUUCGGAGCAAGGAGCCUGACUUGGAAUGCCAGAGCUGUGCAGCUGGAAAAGCUCCCAAGGAUGAUCGUUGUGAAGCAUGCGCCUCAGGC